AUGGCUGAAUACAAACUAGCCUACGAGUCAGAAUUGGAUGCCUUCCACCCCUCCUUCCGCUAUGGAACCCGCGACCCAAAAGAAGACUGGAAAACCUCCGCUCUCCGCGGACCAGCUUUGCCAGUUCUCGGAAACGCAGUUGCCGGUGCGGUCGGCUCCGCGAUAUCAAACGUCAUCGUCUACCCACUUAACGUGAUCGUUGCCCGUCUUCAGACCCAAGCGAAGAAGGACAAGCCAGAACAGGGUUCCGAUGACGACCCAGAGUAUAAGGAUAUCCUAGAUGCAGCUCGGAAGAUUUACGAGCAGCAAGGAUGGGCUGGAUUCUACCCCGGUCUGGCGCAGGAUACGUGGAAAUCGGUCGCAGACUCGUUUCUCUUCUUCCUCGCGUACAACACCGUCCGACAACGAAGAAUCGUUGCUCGAGUCGGUCCGGCCAAGGCAGCGAAGAGCAAGAAUAUCGUUCUCCCUAUUUGGGAUGAACUUGCAGUUGGUAUGCUUGCCGGUGCGUUCUCAAAGCUGUUCACAACACCUUUGUCAAAUAUUGUUACGCGAAAACAGACUGCAGCGCGAAAGGGCGGGAAAGACGGUAGAGAACUGUCGACAGCGGAAAUUGCAGCUCAGAUUCGUGCUGAGAAGGGGAUCAGCGGCUUUUGGUCAGGAUACUCGGCAUCCCUGGUCCUCACCCUCAACCCGUCAAUCACCUUCUUCCUCAACGAGGUGCUGAAGUACGCCCUUCUCCCACGCGAGAAGCGUCAGCGACCUUCAGCUGCAGUGACAUUCCUAUUAGCGGCUUUGAGCAAAUCAACCGCUUCGUCAAUCACAUACCCCUUCUCUCUGGCCAAGACCAGGGCGCAGGCACUCAAGAGUGCUCAGAAAGCAGCUCCACGGGACUCUGGCUCAAAUGUGGUGUUGGCCGCGCUUACGCCGAAGAUAUUCUCGACUGUAGCGACGAUCUACCUGACGGAGGGUAUCUCUGCUCUGUAUGCUGGUCUACCGGGAGAAGUUUUGAAGGGAUUCUUCUCGCAUGGAUUCACUAUGCUGGCCAAAGACGCCGUGUACGCAACCAUCGUCAAAUUCUACUAUCUCCUUCUCAUCGUUGCGCGCCGGUAUCCCUCUCCUGAGGAGCUUCUAGCGCGAGCCCGCGAGCAGGCCGAAGAAUAUAGCGAGAUUGCGCGCGAGGGAGCCCGUGAAUUAGCCGAGCGGACGCGCGAAGGUGCCGAGGAUGCGUUGAAGAAUCAUUCUGGCAGCGUUGCCGUAGAUAUGACUUCCAAUGCGGCUACGGCAACGAGUGCUGCGAAGGUUGGCAGUAUAGCCCACGGGGUCGAUGCUUCCACUGGGUAUAAAGUUCCGGGUGUUUCCUAUGAAAUCAAUGAGACGGCUGAAUUGGUUGGGGAUUAUGUUGAGGAAGAGGCUACGGAGUGGAAAACUUUCUAUCACUGGUUUUGGGACAAGAAUCGCGGGAUGAAGGGUUGA